CCGGCCGCCGAGCUGCUGGCGCCCCGCGGGUCCGAGCGUGGACGUCUGGGCAAGCGGUGGGGCUCCGGGCCCAGCGUAUAGCCGCUCCCCGCGCGGCCGUGUCUGCGGAGGCCACUUGUCAGGGUGCUCGGACCUGCGGGAGCGGCGCGGUGAGCCGCUCUGGAGGAGCGUGCCGUGCGGCCGCCCAGCCGGAGACAUCCCCGCGACUUGUUGAGUAAGAGGAGAGGCAGGCACUGAGCGUGACUCCCAGGUGACAGUGCUCUUCCUGAGGCUGGAAGUACAGGGGCUUCCUGAGAGAGGACCAGUGGCACAGCCCCACCAUGUCCGGGCCCCAGACCCCAGAACCGGCCCUCGGGAUACAGGGAGAUGCCCCCACGGGCGCAAGGGACGAGGACGCUGCUGACGGGAUCCAGCACUCACACCGCAUGCUCAGCUUCAGUGAUGCUCUCCUGUCCAUCAUCGCCACUGUGAUGAUCCUGCCUGUGACCCACACGGAGAUCUCCCCAGAACAGUUUGACAAAAGUAUACAGAAACUUCUGGCAACCAGGAUUGCUGUUUAUCUGAUGACGUUUCUCAUCGUGACUGUGGCCUGGGCGGCACACACAAGACUGUUCCAGGUUGUUGGGAAAAUAGAUGACACGCUUGCUUUGCUUAACCUGGCCUGCAUGAUGACCAUCACCUUCCUACCGUUCACUUUUUCCUUAAUGGUGACCUUCCCUGAGGUGCCUCUAGGCAUCUUCUUGUUCUGUAUGUGUGUGAUCACCAUCGGGGCCGUGCAGGCGCUGAUCGUUGUGUAUGCGUUCCACUUCCCCCACCUCCUGAACCCCCAGAUAGAGAGCUCCACCCACAGGGCUCUCUACCGGCAGCAUAUCCUGGGCAUCGUCCUUAGGGGCCCAGCGCUGUGCUUCGUGGCCGCCGGCUUCUCCUUGUUCUUCUACCCCUUGUCGUACCUGCUGAUGGCGACGGUCAUCUUCCUCCCCUACGUCAGCAAGGUUUCCAGCUGGUGCAAGGGCAGGCUUGUGGGUCCCCAGGAGCCCCCAGCUCACAGCAUGGAGUUCUUCACUUUUGACCUGCACGAACCUCUCAGCAAGGAGCGGGUGGAGGCCUUCAGUGAUGGGGUCUAUGCCAUCGUCGCCACACUCCUCAUUCUGGACAUCUGCGAGGACAACGUGCCGGACCCCAGGGACGUGAAGGAGAAGUUCCACGGGAGCCUGGUGGCAGCACUGAGCGUGUACGGGCCACACUUCCUGGCCUACUUCGGUUCCUUUGCCACGGUGGGCCUGCUCUGGUUUGCCCACCACUCGCUCUUCCUGCACAUCCGCAAGGCCACGCAGUCCAUGGGGCUGCUCAACACACUGUCACUGGCCUUCGUGGGCGGCCUCCCACUGGCCUACCAGCAGACCUCAGCCUUCGCGCGACAGCCGCACGACGAGCUGGAGAGCGUGCGCGUCAGCUGCGCCAUCAUCUUCCUUGCCAGCAUCUUCCAGUUCGCCAUCUGGACCACGGCCCUGCUGCACGAGGGGGAGACGCUGCAGCCCUCGGCCCGCUUCGGGGGCCAGGAGCACGCGUUCAUGUUUGCCAAGCUUGCACUGUACCCCUGUGCCAGCCUGCUGGCCUUCGCGUCCACCUGCUUCCUCAGCCGGUUCAGCACGGCCAUCUUCCACCUCAUGCAGAUUGCCGUGCCCUUCGCCUUCCUGCUGCUGCGCCUCCUCGUCCGCCUGGGCCUGGCCCUUCUGUGUGCCAUGCGGGGCCUCGCCCAGCCAGGAACCCAGGCUGAGGAGGACGCACAUGCCCCACUCCUCCCUGCUGCCUGCUAGCUCCUGGCUGCCCCCACCUGCACUCAGCCUGCUUUUGGUUUGUAUCUUCAACCUUCUCUAGAGCCUUUGGUAGGUUUCUGCUUGUGCAGACAGUGCAACAGGAGAUUGUGUCCCGGUCUCUGUCCUAGGCCCACAUUCUUGCUCUUUGUGAAGCUAAACCACCAGGGUGCUCGCGCUCUUGCUGGGAGCCCACGGUGCCAGCCCUGAGUGGGGCGUGGGUCCCCAGGCACAAAGGACAUGUCAGCAGCACAGCAAUGGCCACACUGUAUUGUCCUGGAUAUAAAUUAUGCUUACAUUCAGGUAGUGACAAGGUACACAAGGGCCUGGGUGCAAGCCCACACCACCCCUCUGGGCGCACAGACGCACUUAAAUACAAAGGACAGACAACUACAGACCAGAACGAGAGCCAAGGCCUGCAAAGCGGACACAAGUGAUGUCACCAGGGACGUCAAGGCAGACACACGUGUGUGUGCUGGAGGCACGUGAUAGGGAUGGCCCACCACAAAUGGCCACUACAGUGCAUUUGUGUGGAUUUGGCAGAAGCUCGGGACAUGGGGCUGGUGGGGCAGAGCUCGGUCACAUGGCGCUGGCAGCAAAGAGCCAGGAUGAGUGGAGAAACAGGAUUCCUGGGCCUUUCUUUGGGGCCCCUGGAGCCUCCCAGACUGAUCCUGGGGCAUGUCUGAACCCAGGGUAGGGGAGGCCCAGGCACCUGGUCAGCUGGACGGGCGCUGGGAAAGGCAUGUUGAUCGAUGACAAACAGGUGAUUAAAGCUGGCUCCUCCCCACCGUCA